AUGGGUGCUUUCAAAAACUUCCUUGAACCUGGAGCCAUCGCUGCUAUAUUCACUGCUAGCACCCUAGUCAACCGUCGCCGUCGUCGAACUGAAAGUCCUUCAGAUACCCCCGACGUCGAGUCGCCCUUGCUUCCGGAACCCGUCGUUGCGAAAGAUACCGAUGAGGAUGGCUAUUUCCGGUCUGUGGACAAAGGCCGCACGAUCCAGUCGCGGGUCCUCGCGCGGUUCCCCUUCUUGAUAGAGAUAUGGUACUGGCUGCUUAUAUACUGGAUCUACCAAGGCCUACGCGCGAUCUCGGCGCGAGCUAUCAGCGGUCACGAUGCCAUCUUUGCCAGGGCCGAACGACAUGCUCUUCAGAUCCUCACACUAGAACACGCCCUCCACAUCGACGCCGAGCUGGCUAUCCAGCGAUGGGUCCUCAACCAGGCGCACUGGCUCAUGCCCAUCCUGGCCCGGGUGUACUACUCGCACAUCGUCAUCGGCGUGAUCUUCUUCUCGUAUGCCUAUACCUGCCUGAAGCGCGAAACCUUCCGAGCGAUCCGCCGGACGCUCGCCUUUGAGAACGUCAUCGCCUUUGCGAUCAUCACCCUAUGGCGAUGCACUCCUCCUCGUCUCCUUCCAGAAGAAUACGGGUUCAUCGACGUGCUGCACAGUAACCAUGGUGGCUCUGCGUGGACGCAAAACAAGUUCCAGCUCGCGAUCGCUGCCAUGCCGUCGCUGCAUUUUGGCAACUCGAUGUUCAUCGCCCUGUGUCUGAUCAAGUUCAGCCCGCACUGGUACCUCCGGGCCAUCGCGCCGGUGUGGCCGAUGCUGAUGGCAUUCACAAUCGUCGCGACGGCGAACCAUUUCAUGCUCGAUGCCGUUGUUGGGGCGUGCGUGGUCCUGACCGCGUACCGGUUCAACUAUGUCAUGCUGAAUCUUUUGCCGGUGGAAAGGGUGCUUUUUCGUCUGCUGCGGUUGGAGAAGCCCUAG